AUGAACCUGCUGCCCUCCAACCCGCACGGCAAUGGCCUGCUGUACGCCGGCUUCAACCAGGACCACGGGUGCUUUGCAUGCGGGAUGGAGAAUGGAUUCCGGGUUUUAUAACACCGAUCCGCUGAAGGAAAAGGAGAAACAAGAGUUUCUAGAAGGUGGAAUUGGCUACGUGGAAAUGUUAUUCCGAUGCAACUAUCUCGCUCUGGUCGGGGGAGGGAAGAAGCCGAAAUACCCGCCCAACAAAGUAAUGAUUUGGGAUGAUCUGAAGAAGAAGACGGUGAUUGAAAUAGAAUUUUCCACAGAGGUUAAAGCUGUGAAACUGCGUAGAGACAGAAUUGUGGUGGUUUUGGACUCUAUGAUCAAAGUGUUCACCUUCACACACAACCCCCAUCAGCUGCACGUCUUUGAAACAUGCUACAACCCUAAAGGCCUGUGUGUCCUGUGUCCGAACAGUAACAACUCAUUCCUGGCGUUCCCCGGCGCUCACACCGGCCAUGUGCAGAUUGUGGACCUAGCCAGCACCGAGAAGCCUCCCGUUGACAUCCCAGCCCACGAGGGAGUGCUAAGCUGCAUCGCUCUGAACCUUCAAGGGACCAGAAUCGCCACCGCUUCAGAGAAGGGAACCCUCAUCCGGAUAUUCGACACGACGUCCGGGCACCUAAUCCAGGAACUGCGGAGAGGAUCGCAGGCUGCAAAUAUUUACUGCAUCAACUUCAACGAGGACGCCUCUCUGAUCUGCGUUUCCAGUGAUCACGGGACGGUGCACAUCUUCGCAGCAGAAGAUCCAAAGAGGAACAAACAGUCCAGUUUGGCAUCGGCCAGUUUCCUUCCCAAGUACUUCAGCUCCAAAUGGAGUUUCUCCAAGUUUCAGGUCCCUUCCGGAUCGCCUUGUAUUUGUGCCUUUGGAACAGAGCCGAACUCUGUUAUAGCAAUCUGUGCAGACGGCAGCUACUACAAAUUCCAGUUCAACCAGAAAGGAGAAUGCACGAGGGACGUGUACGCACAGUUUUUGGAAAUGACAGACGACAAGCUCUGA